CGCAUAUGUUCUGUUAAAUCAAUACUGAAACACACACACGGACUUUACUACCUCUUGCAUCAUUUGAACAAAACUCUGCUAACGUUUUCUAUAAAAAAAAAAUUCUAUUGUUUACCAUGAACUAUCAGGGGUUUUCCACCAAAACCAAACGGACUAAAUGACAUGAAGAACUGCACUCUGUUCCUGUUCCUCUUCUACCUGAUGAUCCCUGCCUGUUUGUCUUUAAUGCCAGGCUUCACGACUACAGUAAUCGAGCUCCAUCAGCCUGCUGCUUUGUCCUGUGAAGGAGGAUGUUCAGGUUCAGUGAAAUGGAUCAAGAGGCAGAAGCUGAGUGAAGAGAUUGUUGUGGCUCAGUGUAAUGAGACGUCCUGCAGCUCAGAGGAGGGCUUUAACAUCUCUCAUGAUCAGUACCUGAAGGGGAAUCUGUCUCUCUCCAUCACUGCAGCUGAUUACAGUAAACGCGGCUGGUACACAUGUUGGUGUGGAGACAGAGCCGUGUGUGAUGCAAGUCUACGCAUUAAAUCCGUUGGGUUCCUGCACCAGAUCCCUACUGGAGAUUCCCUGGUGCUGAAUUUUCAGAUCCCUGAGCGUUUGAAGGUCAUGUUAAACAGGAGCGCUGGUGAAGGUGGUGGUGGUGGUGGUGGUGGUGGUGCUAGAGAUGCUCAGAGCUUGGUCUCGGUCCCAAUUUGUAGUGUUGAUGGACGUACAAUUCAGGCUGCUGAUGAAUACAGGAAGCGAGUGAAACUAUACUGCUCUCUGACUCUGAGUGCUGUGCAGGAGGCUGAUGGUGGUGUGUACAGCAUUCAGGACACUGAGAAUGAUGAGCUUAUCUCUACACACACUCUCAAACUCACAGGAAAUGACACAGAAGCUAACGACACAAUGCAGACUAAAGGUGAAGCACAGAGCUGGAACCUGAGAAGGAUCUUUAAUGAGGAGUUCAGAGGCUUGGUGGUGGGAGGAAUAAUCGGGGCUGUCAGCAUGGCUCUGUUUUUUUUUUGUAUUGAUUGGAUAGUAAAAGGCUCCAGACAUAUCAAUCAGAAAAUGAGAAUGUUUUCGAGAGGCGACCGUCAUCACAACACACAUAAUUCUGAUCCUGAAGAAGGCAUCAAGCUUCCAAUGCAAGAGAUUUAGAUUUCAUCCAUCCUGCUAGGAGCCAUGUUUUAGCUGUUUCACUGGGUUUACACACACACACACACACACACCGUGGGUUUAUUAUGAGUCACAGGAAAACCCAAUAGCUGGUUCUCUGUCUGUGUCGAGGACGUGCGUUCCUGCCGAAACAAACACACACUCUUCACACAGUGGUGCUGAGAUCAGACGAUCCGAAUUUACUGCAAAAACUACAAAGCUCAGUUUGUGUUUAAUUUUUCUGCCACAUUAAAGAACUCUUGAGUCUGAGCCAGUCUACAGCAUGCAAUAAAUAAUAAAACAAUAAUUAGCAUUAAUAGAGAAGAGCACAGCACUCCAAACAAUCUCACUGCACAGAGAGUCAACAUUAAGCUUUUUAAUUGUUUUUAAAAUUUCUGCCUUGGGAGAUAUUUAUUAACAGUUAUAGAAUGAAUAACAUUUAUAUGGGAGAACUUUAUUGACUGUCAGGACUCUGCUGCUGGUGCUUUGAAUAAAACUACAAAAAUAAAAACUAAGUUCGUCGUGACAAACUUUUAUGUUGCCUUGUCGGAGCAAGUAUUCCCAAAAGACGGUAUGCUAGGAUACCAAAACUUUUUGAGGCAAGUGGAUACUAGCAUGUGACAUUUCCCGUCAUUGCGCUGAGUGUUUUGAUAUAUCACAUGUCCAUUUUUUAUUUUGGGGAAGGGGCUGCAUGUGAUGCAAUGUUCUGGAAAGUUUUUUGAUUUUUGGUAAAACCAAAAGGCGGUCGGUUCGCCAGUUUAAACCUUUGCCCAGAGUAGCACCAUAAAGAAUGUGCCGUUUGGUGUAGAUAGCUCAAAAGCUUGCCGACUUAUAAACCUCUAAAAUUUAUAAUGGGUGUCAAUGGCAAAAAAAUGUCACUUUGAGACCCGGUAAUGUGAGUACCGGUACUAGGAUCGCUUAGAAAAGUAAUAGCAACAAACUUCAGACCUUCUAUGACAUCCGAUUUUGGUGCAUGCAGCUUGAAAGCCCAAGGAGGUGUUACUCUUGAUAAAAUUUUUGUCAAAAAAGAUUAAACAAUUCAGAAUGUUCUUCUACAAGCCAACAUAAAAAUAACUUCUAUGUAAACAGAUUUAUUUAUGUCAGUAAAAUGUCAUGAUUUGUUUUGAUUAUAUUUAUGUAUUUCUUAUAUAAUCAUUUCUUGGUAUUUCAUAUAUAAUUGUAAUUUCACAAAAAAAUGUAAGAUAAACCACUUUA